AUGAGACCCAGACUCAAAAUAAAAAAUAAAAAGGUUGGGGAUGUGGCAGUGAGUUCAAUCCACUGUACCCAAAACAAAAACAAAUGAAUAAAAAACCACAAUCCCAGCUAUGUCAUUUCUAUUUAAAUCUCAUCAAUGACUUCAUGUCUUUUGUCAGGCCACAAUGGACACCCUCAGCUCCUCACAAAAAUCUCUUCCCACUUUUAAGCACAUGUACCUUUUUCCUGCAAUAGCUUCCCUCAAAACCCCACUUUCCCUUCAGGUUCAUCCAUUGUUACUUCUCAGAGAAGGCUCCUCACAGCCAUCCAUCUCCUCACAUAGUAACUGCUUGUCCCAGUGUCGGUGAUCCCAGUUUCGUGCCCCUAUGGACUCACGAAGGGCUGGGACUGUGUUUUAUGCAUCUUGACAUUUCCAGGUCUAUGAUGGGAGGGCUCACAGUCUGCAGCUUAGACCAGCUGGUGAAUGACUGCUUGAUUAGUCCACAGGGGUGAGGCCAGGUCCUGGUGAGGAGCUACCUGAACUGGCCCAAUGGUGGGAAUGGCUCUCAUAAGGAACUGACACUUGGACUGAAGGGUGAGAAGCAGUUACCCAGGCAAAGAUAUGGAGGUGGGAAAUGUCCUGGCACUGAGAAUGGCAAGUGAUGUCUGUGAACAUGGUGUUAUAGACACCAUGCAGGGGGAUGGUCAUAUUCAUGUUUGGAAGGGCAACCCUGACUGCCCUGUGGGGACAGAUCAUAUGGGGAUGUAGGAUGGCAGCAGGGAAAAGGGGGGCUGUUGUAGUCCCCAGGUAUAAGGUAAUGGGACCUUCACUGGGCCAGGUGUGGAUAGUGAAAAUGGAAACAAUGGGGUUUUGUUUCAUUUUUUCUUUCUUUUUGGGUGGGUUUAUGUGUCACUGGAAAUUGAAUCGAGGAGCAUUCUGCCUCUAAGAGAUAUCCGCAGCCCCUUUUAUAAAAUUUGAGACAGUGUCCUGCUAAGUUGCCGAAGCUGGCCUUGUGCCUCUUGAGUAGCUGGGAUUACAAGCAUGCAACACUGCACCUGGUUAGCAAUGGGGUUUUAGAUAUGUCCUGGAGAGGACAAGAUUUCAUAACUUCUUCUAUAAGAAAAGGAAGAAACAAAGCAGUCAACCUAGAACCAGGCUCAGAUUUUAGGUUCAGACAAAUGGAAAAUGGCCAAGCUGGGGAUGUGGAAUGGAAAGCAGAUGCGGGACAGGUUUUCUAUGAGGCGGGACAUCCACUGGAGGGCUCCAGGAGACAGGGUGGGCUGAAGAACAGAAGUGUCUGACCCAGGCUGAAUGCAGAACAAGUGGGAAGGAAUGGGACUCCAGACACAGGUUGUAGAGGGCCCAGGAACAACUGUGAUUAGGUGGUGAGCAGAGGAUGAGAAACCUGCCAUGGAGCAGCAGCUGGUGAGAUAGUGAGAAAAUCAAGAGUGCACAGUGUCCUGAAAACCAGGGCCCAGCAGUAUCUCAAUAAGAGGGAGUAUUUUUGACUGUGUUGAAGUCAGCCACUGCUAAGAGGUCAAGUCAGAUAAAGACUUGCAAGCAUCCCUUGGAUUUAAGCAACUAGGAGGUCAGUAGUGACCUUGAAGAGCUGUCCUGUCCAGUGCUGGGGGAGGAAGCCAGAUUGCAGGGGUGGGAGGAGGAAGUGGAAAUAACUUGUGCACACAACUCUUUGAAGAAUGUUGGCUGUGAAGUGGGGGCUGGAGAAGGGUGUGGUUGAAGGAGGGCUUUCUGUUCUUUCAAAGAUAGGAAAGACUAGAACCUGUUUGCUUGCUGAUGGGAAGGAGCCAUUAGGGAGGGAGAGGUUGAAGAUGGGGAAAAAGAAAGGGAUUGGAGGAGGGAGAUUCCCCAAGGAGGGAAAAGAGAUUAGUUUCCCAAAUAUGGCUGCACAAUUGGAGGGGGCAAGCCAGGGCCUGUGUUGGGCUCUGGGGGCUCAAAACAGCUGCCCACUCUCCCAGGCAGCCAGUGUGAGUCACUAGGGGGGAAAUAGCCCAAACUGGCAGUGUGGGAAAGGGAACUGGGCCAGUGAGUUCCUCUGGAUCCCCAGGGCGUCAGGAGCAGGGCCCAGCCUGGGCUCCAAGCCCUGAGCCCUGAACCCCAUGCUCUAAGCCAGACAAGGGCACAGAAAGAUUGUCUCACCCUUUAUAGGAGCAGGAAUAGUCAAGGAAGCUAGAGUUUACUUUUGUUUUUGUCUACACAGCUCUGAGCCUAUUUCUUCUUCAGCCCCCAAAGUGAGCCCAGCUCAAGGGUUUUUAACUUUUGGGGGGUAGGUGUGAGGAUCCUUUCUAUUCUUUAAAGACUGAUGUGUUGGGAAUUCUGCAGAUCCUUACCACCUGGGCCCUCUGAGGUGUGGGUUCCCUAUGAGCACAACAUCCCACUAAGGAACAGAGGCUGAAGGCCCUGGGGGGGGGGCGGGUGGAAAAUCGUUUCUCCAACACACAGCUGGUCUUCCUUGCCUUUGGAUCCCUCUGCCUGUCCUGUGCUUUUGUCUUUGGCCUAAGGGGACACAUCUCUAGGGAACCUGAAGAUCUGAUGACUAGCCCCCUCUGUUGAAGCUGCUGGAGAGGGCAGAACACUCCAGCUCGGCCCCCAACCUCACCUGACAGCUGACGCCUCUUGCUAAAAACAGCCGGCCCUGGGGGAAUAUGGGCUUUCAAGCCUCCCCGCCCCCCAUGCUCAGGCAGGUAUUAAAAAGGCCAAAACCGGGGCAAGCGGGUUGGACACCAUGCUAUUCACCGAGACUGCCCACUUCGUGGUGAAUUUUCUUCUGUCCCGGCGGCCCCGGGCCACGCCCCCGCACCGCCUGGACCAGGAUCUGUGUUUCUGGGGCAGCCGGGGCCCGACCUUGCCGGAGCCGGCCGCCCGCCGCAGCCUGGGCGACUACUGGCUGAGCCCGCAGCGCUAUCGUCCGCCGGGCGCUGCCUGGCGCUGGCCCGCGCGCAACCUGACGCUGCUGCCGGGGGCCACGGGUCUGGCGGACGUGCCGUCGGCUCGCUGGCCCAGCUGCUACGGCGCGCGCCCGCGCCUCACGUGGAAACACCGUUGGCAGAACAUUAACUACCAGUUCUUGGGCAAGAGGAAGAGACACCUAGUUCCCCUGCGUCCGUGAGAACUGGCUGGUAGCGGCAAGCAGGUAGGGAAGUGGAUGGGACCUUUGACAGGUCUCCAGACCUUCGUGGCGCCGGACCCAGCGCGGGGCCCCAAGGCUGCUAUGAUCAUAUUUUCUGGAGCAUAACUCAGGACCAGCCGUCUGACGAGUCUGGGCAUGUGAGCCCUUCGAAGAGUUCAAGGGGAGACUGACAAGGGCUGCAGUGCAGGACCAAGGAGAUGGGGGCCACCCCACUGUGCGCGGACGCCCACCCUGAGAGGGAGGCGGUGAGAAGAGGAAAAGACUGCGCGCUUCUCUUUCCUCGAGGAUGCCCUCUGCGUUCAGCUCGCUUAAGGACCGCUGCCUCUUCUUCCCACGAUCGUCCCUACCUGCUCCUGGUAGUCGGGAGGGACUGGGGGAGACCGGACCGCCAGCGUCGCCCACUGCGCAAGUGGGGCCCGCGACCGACCCCGCCUCCGCCCCUCGAUUGGGUGCUCAUUUAAAUGUCCGGCCCCGCCCCGAGCUCUGGGCGCAUAUAUAUAGGCGGCUC